UUUUCAAAAUCGAAAGAGCUUAAAUUGUCUCAUCUUCCAUCACACGCUAAUCAGUCAUUAAUUUCAUUUUCCCAUUUUUAAUUACUCCUAUCAAUCAAUCAAUCAGAUCAAAUUAACCAACAUGAAGAACUCGUCAGUUCAUCAAGAAGUUGACCACCAGCCAAAGCAUCAAGAAAAUGGUAUAGGCCGAUCUUAUGAGUGUGUUUUCUGCAAAAGAGGAUUUAACACUGCUCAAGCUUUAGGCGGUCAUAUGAAUAUUCACAGAAAAGACAGAAUCAGACCAAGUCAGAUAAACGGGCCUUACCAUACUGCCGCAACCCAAUUAAGUUAUCAAACAUAUCUUCCGGCCCGUUCAUCUACAUCUACUAUGGGCCCGUUUUUUAUGAACGGGCCUGAUAGGGGCUCGGAAGAUAAUCGACUGCAGUGCCUAAAUUUGUUCGGAGGUGAUUGGCGCAUCAUGCAACUUGAUGAAACUAUGGACGAAAAGAUUAAAGGGACAGAAGAUGAUUUGGAUUUGGAGCUUCGAUUAGGCCAUGAUCCUUAAUUAAUUAAUAUUCUACAUUAGUACGUACGUUCACGAUUAAUCGUGCAAAUUAUGCACAUACUGGUAAGCACUAAGCAGUAUAUUAUAUAUAUAUGUACUAAAAUAAUUACUAUAUGUUUAUGCCGAAACUAUAUGUUAGGGUUUUGUGUGCUUGUUAGAUUAUCCGUCAGUCCCUUAUUUUUUACUACGUAAUAAAUAAGAAUUCUAUUUA